AGCGCAUCUUUGCCAUCUCACACGCAUCUAUGUAAUAUGAGGAUGGGAUCAGUUGUAGUAUUUCUUCCGGGUUGAGGAAAUCAAGGGAGGGAUGAGCAGAGAUGCUGCCAGUGCACAUCAGCAGCCAGCCGGGCUUCUAUCUCCCAGUCAGACAGACAGCGGCAGAGGCAGCACGUCCACACGGGAGAGAGACAGCAGCGCUCACGGCGCAGCAGAGGCACUGAAGACUGAACUGACACUCACACCCCCAGCCUUCUCAAAUGGAUUUAAUUAUGUUGUAGCGAUUUUUGAGUCUGGAAGGCGUCCUUUUAGAUCAGAAAAAAAAGAGACGCGCAGACUGGCUGAAUUUUUAGGUGCCUGGUUCGUCUCGACCGUUCUCAGGGAGCCACUCUCCCCACAUCGUUAGCUCGCUAAGCUAGCUAGCCCGCUAACUUAGCGGUGAUACUUUGUACCGUAUCAACGUCAGUUUUCUGCCUCGGAGCUAGCCUGCGGUCUUUUGCGCCACGGCGGCAGAUUGACGUGACCCGUCACGACAGGAGCAUGUUUGAGUGACACGUAAAGGAGGAAGUGGGAUCCCUGAGGCUCCGGCCCUCUCUGCCGGUGGAGCGCCCUGCACAUCUGGCCAGAGGCCCUCGAGUCACUAGGACAGGAUGCGAAAGUUUGCCUACUGUAAGGUGGUUUUAGCCACCUCUCUGGUCUGGGUGAUGCUGGACAUGUUCAUUCUGCUCUACUUCAGCGAGUGCAACAAGUGCGAUGACAAAAAGGAGAGAGGACUGCCCGGGAGAGAUGAUGGCCUGUCCAGACCGCGGGACGGGCCUGGUGAAGGCGGGAAGCCGGUGGUGAUCCCUAAAGAGAACCAGGAGAAAAUGAAGGAAAUGUUCAAGAUCAACCAGUUCAACCUCAUGGCCUCUGAGAUGAUCGCGCUCAACCGCUCACUGCCUGAUGUUCGUCUGGAGGGGUGCAAGAACAAGCUAUACCCCGAUAAUCUUCCUCGCACCAGCGUGGUGAUCGUAUUUCACAAUGAAGCUUGGAGUACACUGCUGCGAACCGUCCACUCGGUUAUUGAUCGGUCUCCGCACACACUGCUGGAGGAGAUUGUCCUGGUGGACGAUGCCAGCGAGAGAGAUUUUCUGAAACGGCCGCUGGAGCAGUACGUCAGAAAGUUAGAAGUGCCUGUCAGAGUGGUGAGGAUGGAGCAGCGGUCCGGACUCAUCCGCGCUCGCCUCAAAGGGGCUUCCAUCUCUACCGGCCAGGUCAUCACCUUCCUGGACGCUCAUUGUGAAUGCACCACAGGGUGGCUAGAGCCUCUGCUGGCCCGCAUCAAACAGGACAAGAAAACUGUUGUGUGCCCCAUCAUCGACGUCAUCAGCGACGACACGUUCGAGUACAUGGCAGGGUCCGACAUGACGUACGGAGGCUUCAACUGGAAGCUCAACUUCCGCUGGUACCCCGUGCCCCAGAGGGAGAUGGACCGCCGCAAAGGAGACCGCACGCUACCCGUCAGGACUCCCACCAUGGCGGGCGGCUUGUUCUCCAUAGACAGGGAUUAUUUUCAGGUGAUCGGCACGUAUGACGCAGGCAUGGACAUCUGGGGCGGAGAAAACCUGGAAAUCUCUUUCAGAGUGAGCGAACGCAGCCAAGUGUUCAGCAGUCUUGACCGCCUUCAGGCAGUUCUCCACGUUAAUGCGUGGGUGUCUGUGUUUGCGUCUCCAGGCGUGACCAAGGUGGACUACGGUGACAUCUCAACUCGCUCUGCUCUGAGACAAAAGCUCCAGUGUAAACCCUUCAGCUGGUAUUUGGAGAACGUCUACCCUGACUCCCAGAUCCCCCGGCACUAUUACUCGCUGGGAGAGAUCCGUAACGUGGAGACCAACCAGUGCCUGGACAACAUGGCCCGCAAGGAAAAUGAGAAGGUUGGCAUUUUCAACUGCCACGGCAUGGGAGGCAACCAGGUUUUCUCCUACACAGCCAACAAGGAGAUCCGGACAGAUGACUUGUGUUUAGACGUCUCCAAACUGAACGGACCCGUCAUGAUGCUCAAGUGUCAUCACCUUAAAGGCAACCAGCUGUGGGAAUACGAUCCUGUGAAGCUGACUCUGGUCCACGUCAACAGCAACCAGUGCCUGGACAAGGCCAGCGAGGAGGACAGCCAGGUGCCCAGUGUCAGAGACUGCACACACUCGCGCUCCCAACAGUGGCUGCUGCGCAACGUCACACUACCCGAGGUCUUCUGACCGCACUCCGCACACUCCCAGGCGUACACUCCCACACACACACACAGCGGCCCAGAGCGACCGGUCAGACGAGCGGGCAUGUUUUAUUCAACUCGGGCACGAGGACAGAGACUUCCCCGGAGGGGAUUCAGGAGGACGGAUGGGACGGUACUACCUCUGCCAGAGACCAGAGGACGGAGAGUCUUUAAGCUUCCUCAGAGCGAACAGAGAGGACUGUAGAGACUCCCUCUAAGAGACCAUAUCUGUUGUUUUACAUUUGUUUUGUUUUUGUUUUUUUUUUAAGAAGAGAUUUUAAGAGUGACUGGCUCUAGAACCGUGGAGUGGAGGUUCUGCACACAGCUUCCCCUCAGCUCAUCACUUAACGUUUACUGACUGCCUGCGAUCAGUGUGUGUGUGCGUGUGUGCGUGUGUGUCUGUGUGUGUGUGUGUGUGCGUGCACUUAUCUUCUGUUUGACCCGAGAUGAAUGUAUGCUUUUAGAAGGGGGCGGCCUGAACAUUUUAUUUUUAUUUUCCUUAAGUUCCUGUUUGUUUGUUUUUUAUUUAAUUUUAUAACGGACAUUGAACGUGAACUCUUAUGAAGAAGGAUGCAUGUUUGACUGCGUGUGUGUGUGUGUGUGUGUGUGUGUGUGUGAGAGAGAGAUUACGUCUUGUGCGUGUGGACGUGUCAAAGCCCCUCCCUGCAGUCUUGCAGCAGUGUAUGUCCCCCUCUGGUGUUGCGUCUCGGUAUCUCAUCUUAUAGACUGAAGCAUCCAAGCUGAGGAGGGAGGGAACGUAAUAUAAACAAAAAAAAAAAAGAGAGAGAAAACUCAACCCGACGUCUGCCAACAGCAGAAAUGUAGAGAUAUAGAAAUAUGUUUGUGAUAUCUUCAGAUUUCUAUGUCCGGUUUUUACAUGCCUUGUCUGUUUCUACCGUUUCAGUAAUUUUUAGUUUUUCUUUAAGGAUGUUCAACGUACAGCCAACGCACUCGCGAAAAAACACAUCAACAAGCUACUUAAUAUUUAUCUGAUACCUUCUGCCUACCGUAGUGUUUAACCGUCUGAAACUCUCCUACGAAACACUACAACGCCACACGCUCUCUCCUAAAGGCAGUUCAUACAGGUGCAUCGCAGUAAAUAAGAAUAUCAUCAAACAUAUUUCACUAAUUCAGUUUUAAAAACAAAACUACGUUAGCGUAGAUUCCUUUACCAUGUUGAUUUAAAUCAAAUAUUAUUUUUGAUACUUCAGGCUUACAGCUAAUAAAACCCCAAAGUCUCUGGAAAUUAAAAUAUUAUGUUGAACCAAAAAAAGCAGAUUUUUGCAGCAGAACGUUUGCAGCGUAGCACGGAGGCUGCAACAGGCUGGCAGCUCUCAUCUCGCCUACGUUGGUGUUUCUCAUCCUCUUAAUAACUCUCCACAGAUUGUUUAUGAACAUGUCCUGCUGGUAAAUGAAGUAAAGCUUUUCAAUGGGAAGCAUGAUGGGCUCUAAGAGACAGCUGUGCUGACUUUAGACUUGGAAUAAUGGACUAACACCAGCAGACGACAGUAGAUUCCCAAAUCACUGCUGACUGGGGAAACUUCCCAAAGGAGCAACUUUUAUUCUCAUCACUCCGGGAACCUGAUUCCUAAAUGAAAUCCAAACUUUUAUUUAAUCUGAGAAGAGGGCUUUGGUCCACACCUCAGAGAUUAUCCUCGUCUUUCUGACACUUUUUUCCUUCCACUAAACUUUCCAUUUAUAUGUUUGGAUACAUAUCUCUGAACAGCCAGCUUGGUUGUAGCAAUGAGCUUUUGUGGCAUAUCCACAUGGAGGCUGUCAGCGUCGCUCUGCUAGACAACAAUCCAGUCAGCGAUCUUCCCUGUGUUGUUGUUGUUGUUGGUUUGACGUAAUAUUUAAAUCUUUUGGGAAGCUGAAUUUUUUUUUGGGGGCGGGGGGGUUUCAUUAGCUGGACACCGUAAUCGUUAAAAUAAAAAGUAAGAAUCACUGUGUGCAACAAAGUUUGAGUUACUGAAAUAAAUCGACUAUUUAUUGGUGAAUCUCGUUUGCUGAGACGCAAACGCUUUUCGCCCCAUCGACCUUUUUCGGAAAAUACACUCCGAGAGCCUCUGUUCUGCCGCGGUGUGUGUUGGAUGCAUCUGUGCGGGUGUGAAUGUGCUUCUCUUCAGCUCUUCUCCCGGUUUGUCAGCUCCAUGUUUACUAGGUCAAACGUGAUUUUUGUUUUUGUUUUUGGAAGAACCCAUACAGCUGAUCGAGGAUCAGCACGUCUCGUGUGCGCGUAUUCAUUUCUGCAGCUGCCGUUAGGAUUCAUCAGCAGCGUUUACUUGGUGUUUUAGGAAAAUUAAGCGGUGAGAAGAUGAGAGUGGAGCGACGAGAAGGAGCAGAUGAUAUAUCUGAAUUCAUAAUCAUGUCUUUUUUUUUUUCUUUCUUUUGCAAGUUUACCGGCAGUAUUUCUACGUUCAUAUUUCAGAGAACUGAACCAUGUCAUUAUCAUUUCAACCAUCAUACUGUGUUUUUUUUGUUGUUGUUUUUGUUGUGUUGUCACUCCUGCUGCUGUACGUCAGAGCUGGAGUCGUUUUGUAAAGGUUUGAAACAUUUCAGCUUCCUCCAGUGGAGGAAGGGUUUACACGGCAGAGAGAGAGAGAGAGAGAGGAGGCCAUCGACUGGACUUUCAUAUCUGAGCGAGUGACUGUGACGAUGUUUUUGAUAGUGAGACCGAGGGAGUGUAUCAUUUGUUCCCAUGUGGGAGAGGGCGGGGGGGCAGGGAAGAGAGAGCGGGGUUAAAAAGAACUGACAUGUCCAGGCUUCCACACUGAGCUGAUCCAAAUGUAGAAAAUAAAGGUGAAAAGGUUUACAGAAGAACUCGAGGAGUGUGUUGAUUUUUUGCAUUUGCAUUUAUUUUUCCCAAUAAUCGCAGUUCAUCUCUGCCAACUCUUUUCUCCCACUUAUGCCAAAAUCUGCAGCUCCAGUCAGAAACGUGUCGUCAUUAACAGCAGGAAUGUCAGAUUAAACGUUUGGGUUUAAUGAUUCAUUUUACUCUUCCAGGUUGUGAUGAUCAUCUCAGGCUGUCCGCUGUGCGUCUUCCUGUUCUCUCUCUGUAACCUGUCGUCUCUGGCAACUGACAGAAUAAAGGUCGCCAAACCCGAAAAACAAGAA